AUGCCCCACGCUGUGUCUGUAGCCUCGCCAGGGCUGCAGGCUCUCAUUCUCUGCGGCCCUGGGUCAUCCUUCCCGACCUUUACGGCGAAUCCAGACGAGAAUCCAAAGGCCCUGCUUCCUAUUGCCAACCGGCCUAUGGUCUGGUACCCUCUCGACUUCUGCUAUAGAACAGGCAUCACAGAUAUCACUCUCAUUUGCCCCCCAUCGGCCGCGGAAGCUAUCACCGCAGCGUUGAAAACUAACCCAUUCCUCACCGGGCUCCCUCUCCCAAGCCCUACUUUGUUGGCACCUAAAGACCUGGACCAGAAUACCGGAACAGCAGAAAUCUUGCGGCUGCCAGAAGUCCGGAAUGCUGUGACCUCGGACUUCAUUGUCCUACCAUGCGAUAUUGUCUGUGAGCUCGCGGGCGACAAGCUGCUCCAGGCCUGGAUGGUCAAGUCGGAAACUCUUGACGACUUGUUCGGAGACAAGCGCUCCAAGAGCACCUCUCACAGUGGUGGAAUGGGCCUGUGGUAUGAAACCAAGACUGCCACGCCCAUCAAAGGAGAAGAGACCGAUUUCAUCAUCACCACACCAUUACCCGCGUCUCCCGUCCUGCCGCCGAAGGGCUCGAUCCUGGGCAAUCUGUCCAAACUUGUCUACUCUCUACCAUCAGACUCGCUCAAUGACUUGACAGAGGCAAGAAGCGGGUUUCCUUUGAGACAUGGGCUUAUUCGCAGCCAUCCUAACGUCCGCAUGCGGACAACACACCGGGACGCGCACAUAUACAUCCUUCCCCAUUGGGUCAUGGACUUCAUACAGGAGAAUGAGGCUAUCGAGAGCAUUGGAGAGGAUGUCAUUGGCUGGUGGGCGAAGGCUGGCUGGCAAGUCGGUCUGCCAGAAAAACUGGGCAUGGAUAGGAUAUUUUCAUCUGGCGACGAAGAGGACGACCGGGCUCACGGCCACAUAUCCUCUUCACCGAUCAGAUCCAACCCAGAUGAGUCGAUUCCCAAGACAUCGACACAGACAAGAAAUCCACAGAUCGUUGCCGACGACAAGAAGACGCAGCCGAAGCCGUCAUCGCAAGAACUCAUGCCGCCAUUCUUGGCCUACAUUCACCCCAGCGACCCUUCAGCACCUCUAGUGCGCCGCGUCGAUACUGCUUCUAGUCUAUUGGCAACAUCUUUGCUGCUGGCCAAGCUGCCUUCGAUUGAAGAAGCCGGCCCCGAAGGCGCUUCGCCCUUUGCUCAUGCCCGGAAGGUGGCAUACCCUGAAGGCGUCAAGUCUAGGACCACGAUCACGAAGCAGGAUAGUCUGCUGGCCGAGAAUGUCACAGUGGAUGAGAAAUCAGCCAUCAAAGAGUCUGUCAUUGGUGCCAAUUGCCAGAUCCAGGAAGGCGCCAAGUUGUCACAAUGUGUCCUGAUGGAGGGUGUGGUCGUUGGCAAGGGUUGCAAGCUGACAAGGUGCAUACUGGGCAAGAGGAGUGAGAUUGGUGAAGGGUCUACUUUGACAGACUGCGAGGUACAAGAGAAUCUGCUUGUUGAGCCGAAAACCGAGGCAAAAGACGACAAAUUGAUGAGUAGCGAGGGUCUUGAGGCCACCGAGGAGGAGAUGCAAGCAGCAGAGCAGGACUAUGAGAUGGACGACGAUACAGAGGCUGCAUUCUAG